UCUUACGGCUCCUAUUGCUGCUACUUCUUCUACUGCUUCUGCGCCACCAGGAGGAUCAACUCUACUGGUUCUCAUCACCAAAGAACGGUCAAAGUCAAGAAACGAGUCAGAGUCUAGCGAAAGUGAAGACGGUCAUGCGGCAGCUACUGGCGUUCGAACUUCGUAUCUUCCUAAACGAGAUGCUUCGGAAGGUCAUUAAAAUCGAAAUGUAUGACCUAGAAGUUCGAGAGAAGUUGAAUGUCAUUGUCAAAAAGAGACACGGAGCCCCCUUUUUGGAGAACGAUUUCACCGUUUGGAAAAAUAUUUAUACAUUACACUGGCAGCAUCGUUAACAUAACGCAAUUAUUUGAUUCAUGCAUACGAAAACAUAAUUGUUGAAUUACGUAUCUCUUUGAUUGAAAGUGUGAAGAUCCAGAAACAUGGAUACAAUCAAUAAAAAAAUGACUGAAAAUGGGAUCAAUAAAGAAUUGAAUAAGACGAAUACACUCGAGGAAUUCUACGCCGGUUGUGGAAUUUUUGUGACCGGAACAACCGGUUUCGUUGGAAAGGGUCUCCUAGAAAAACUGAUGCGCGUGUGUCCACGCGUCACUGCCAUUUUUAUACUACUACGUCCAAAAAAUAACGAAACGAUAGAAGAACGAUUUAAGAAGCUCAUAGAUGAUCCUAUCUACGACGACAUCAAAGCAAAACACCCUUUAGCUUUGAGCAGAGUUUAUCCCAUGAAAGGUGACGUGAGUCUGCCGGAUUUAGGUCUUUCGCGAAAAGAUAGAAAUCUGCUGUCAGAAAAAGUAAACAUAGUGUUUCACGUCGCGGCCACUGUGAAAUUCAACGAGCCGUUGCACGUGGCUGUUAAUGUGAAUACGAACGGUACUGAUCGUGUCAUCGAUCUUUGGAACGAGCUAAGGCAUCCCAUUAGCUUCGUCUAUGUUAGCACAGCUUAUAGUAAUGCGAAUCUACAUGAGAUUGAGGAGAAAAUUUAUACCACGAGCUUGAAACCUUCGGAAGUAAUAGAUAUGUGUGACAAAUUCGACAAAACGUCGAUCAACGAAAUAGAAAAAAAGAUUUUAAAAACUUAUCCAAACACAUACACAUUCAGUAAGAAUUUAGCAGAGCAAAUUGUAGCAAGCAAGUGCAAAGAUAUGCCAGUUGCGAUAGUUCGGCCAAGCAUAAUUGGUGCCUCUUUGGAAGAACCAUGUCCUGGUUGGAUACAGAAUAUUUCUGCAUUAACAGGUAUCAUACUCCUAGUCGCUAAAGGAUGUGCAACAGCAAUACGGGGUAGGAAAGGUGCAAGAUUGGAUAUAGUACCUCUAGAUUUAGUAGUCAACGCGAUAAUAUGUGCUGCAUGGCAUGUCACGCUACAUCGUGAGCGCGAAGUUAAAAUUUACAACUGUACGAGUAACGCGAGCCCUUUUAAGUGGGGUCCGUUCCUACAGCUCUUGGUGAAGUAUGGCAGAGAAAUACCACUGAAUGAUUUGGUAUGGUACCCGGGUUGUCGAAUGAUAACUAAUAAAUGUAUUUUCAACGUUCUGAGUGUAAUUCCGCUUGUUUUGCCUGCGUACAUCAUAGAUACAUUUUUAAGAUUCCGAGGUAGGAAACCAACAAUGACGAAAGUUCUAAAAAGUGGCAACAAGCUUUUCGUAUCGGUGACACAUUUCACCACGAACGAAUGGACUUUUCAAAGGGAUAACUGUUCCGACUUGGCGAGAAAUGUGAAAAUGUUGAGCGACAGCAAUAUGGUCAAACUAGAUUUCCGGGAUAUGGAUUGGGAGAAGUAUGUUGCAAUUUACAUGUUGGGAAUUAAGAAAUUUAUUCUGAAAGAAGAGCUUACGUCAACAGCCCGACAACGAUUAUUAAGGUUGUACUGGAUACAUCAGAUCACCAAAAUAUUCGGUAUCAUAAUUUUGCUAUGGAUAAUAUUAUAUUUUGUGUACUGACUAUUUGAACGUUACUUUUUUACCUUUGAACCAGAUACAAUAUAAAUACAAUUUUAAGAAAAAGGGUCUUAUCAUCUGUUUCAUUUCGUCUUUUCACUCGUUUCAUUUCUAAAUAAAUUCAUUUAUGACAUUCCUUAAUAAGGAUGUUUGUAUUUAUAUGCACGGUUUCCGA